AUGUUGGCGGCAUCGGCCUCACUACUUAAUGUGGAUGUGGUAAUCCUCGACGUCGGUGAGAACGCUCCUGCCAAGCAGGUCGUCGCCCCGCGUGCACCCCAUCUAUCUCACGUCGAUGGCGCCUUCACCGACCCCGCCAAAAUACGGGAGCUCGCUGCGAAGGUCGAUGUUCUCACAGUGGAGAUUGAGCAUGUCGACGUCGCUGUACUCGAGGAGGUGGAGGCUACCGUGCCAAUGGGUGUGCAUCCCAGUCCUUCGACUAUUAGGACUAUUCAAGAUAAGUUCGUGCAGAAAGAGCAUCUCCGUGCCCAUGGGUGUCCUGUCUCCGAGUUCAUGUCGAUAGAGUCAACCGUUCAGUCGAUUCACGAGGCUGCAGCAAAGCUCGGCCUUCCUCUGAUGUUAAAGAGUCGUACGCUCGCAUAUGACGGUCGGGGGAACUUCGUGGUGCGCGACCUUUCGCAAGCAGAAGAAGCCAUCGCUGCUCUGGGCAACCGACCUCUGUAUGCGGAGAAGUGGGUUCCGUUCGUCAAGGAGAUCGCGGUGGUCGUCGUCCGCUCAGUAUCUGGCGAAGUUUCAUCCUACCCAGUUGUGGAGACCGUGCACAAGAAUAACAUAUGCCACUUGGUCUUUGCGCCUUUGCGAAGCCAGGAUCUUAGCGUUCCUGCUCGUGCUCGCACUGUUGCCGAAGCAGCGGUAACGACAUUACAGGGUGCUGGUGUCUUUGGAGUAGAAAUGUUCCUCAUGAAAGAUGGUUCCGUGUAUCUCAACGAGAUCGCUCCCCGCCCUCACAACUCUGGCCACUACACCAUCGAAGCCUGCGAAACUUCACAAUACGAGAACCACCUGCGUGCGAUCCUCUCCCUUCCCCUCGGUUCCACCGAGCUCAAAGUCCCUUCUGCUGCUAUGCUCAACCUCAUUGGCGCCUCACCGCACAUGGAGGACAUUACCGCCUUCGCCUCUUUCGCACUCACCGUCCCAGGCGCCAGCGUGCACCUCUACGGGAAGCCCGACUGCCGCAAGGGCCGCAAGAUGGGGCACGUCACAGUCGUCGCAGGUUCGGAUGCAGAGGUGCGCGCGCGACUCCGCCCGCUGCUCGAAAAGCUGCCUGGAGGCAGCGACCUUCAGGAGACGCGUUUAUACGCACCGCUCCCGCCCACCCCAGGGCACUCACACACGCAGCCACUCGUGGGGGUCAUCAUGGGCUCCGACUCCGACCUGCCCGUGAUGCUUCCCGCUGCACACAUCCUCACGCGCUUCCACGUCCCGUACGAGCUCACCAUCGUCUCCGCGCACCGCACGCCCGAUCGCCUCGUCGAGUACGCGCGCUCGGCGGCGUCGAGAGGUCUGCGGGCGAUCAUUGCAGGCGCGGGUGGCGCUGCCCACCUCCCGGGUAUGGUCGCUGCUAUGACUGCGCUGCCUGUCAUUGGUGUUCCUGUAAAGGGCAGCUCGUUGGACGGCGUCGACUCUUUGCACAGUAUCGUGCAGAUGCCGAGAGGUAUACCGGUUGCGACCGUGGCCAUCAACAACGGCACGAAUGCAGGUCUUCUCGCUGUGCGCAUCUUGUCGGCCGGCAUGCCGCGUCUCGUCACUGCCAUGGAUGAAUACCUCAAAAAUCUCGAGCGUGAAGUGCUCGUGAAGGUCGAUAAAUUGGAAGAACUGGGGUGGGAGGUGUACGAAGCGGAACGAAGACGUUGA